UCAAUAAUAGAUGUCCUAUUGUUGCUCAAAAAACCUGGGGUUUUAUAUGUAAUAUUUGAAUAAUAAACUACAUUUUAAGAUGAGCGGAGAAACAUUAUACGAGGCAUCCAGACGUCAUAACGUUUCAAAAAUGAGGGUGCACGAUUACUUGUACGAUUCGGCUUUCAUUGUAUCCGGAGCGAGGGACUAUGCGAGAAUGGCUUUCAAGGCAGCCAUGGCCUCAGCCCAAAUCGUCAUUCAGCCAGUAUACAGCACGAUGUUUUCUGAAAUACGCAAAUGUCCCAGGAUGCGUGUUGUAUACCACCCAAACUGCCGUCUACCAGCACACAUGGACCGUUCAUACAGCGCUUAUGUGGAGCGCGUGAGACACUCUAGUAGUGUCCCCACGCCGCACCUAACUGGGAAAGACCGGUUUAAAUUCAGCGCUGCACCAAAGAAACUGAUGGCAAUACCAAGUCUAACACCCGACUUUCAUCCUCCAACUCCAGUUUACAUACCGCCCAGCGCAAACAAACCCAGGAGUAGAGCCACCCAAUGCUUGUUCAGGGAAUCUUCAGCACAGACGAUACCAUGGCAGCCAGACGCCAAAGUGGCUGACAACUGUACAACGACGCCAGAGGUGCUGUUUCUGGAUAAACUUGAAUGGGGACCUGGUUUCCCGUAUCGUACUGGCGAUCUGCCGGCCGACUUCCAUACCACAGAAAUUAUAAACAAAUUGCGUCACGCUAGAUCCUGGGGGCAGUUGGUGGAGAAGGGCCAGUAUCCUCGCUGGAUGAAGAAAACCGACGCCAUCAUAACAGACGUGGAAACCAAGGAUUGGAUAUUUAGAGAGGCGGAAAUAGAUGAACUUCAAGAUAUACGCCUCGCGCUUCUUCAUCAGCUGCAAAGUCAAAUGAAGCAGAAACAGAACAAUAGAACGAGCCAGAAAUUAGCAAAGAUGUGGACAGAGAAGAAGCAAGAGAUGGAGAGGAAGAUAGAAAACAUUCGGCGAACGAGAGAUAGAGAGCUUCGCAAGCUGUCAGCGUUACACGAGGGUGGGGCCCGGCGCGGUGUAGUGGGGCGCAUGCGGGCCGCGCGGGGCGGCGGGGCGGCGACCCCCGCCGCACACGACCCCGCCUCGGAGCUGCGCGCCCCCCUCGCGCGGCACGGGUACCAGGCCCGCACCACACACGCGGAGAUACGAUACGAUCCUUCGCUGCUCUCAUACGAAGACCACCAGAAGUUGGCUGAAGCACCCGAGUGGCUACAAAACUGCGGUCGAGACCUGAAACGCACGUGCUCCGGCCACCACCUACCACGAGAUACCACCCAACCGUGCGAGAGAGAAACUAAAUGGAGCGAGCAAUUCCUGGAGAAUCUUCACAACGAUUUAAAAAAGGUGCGUUUGGGAGCAGCCACCACCACGGUGGGGCCACUGCAUGUCCUGAAGCCCCGCCGACUGCAGGCCACCCCCCGGCCGACCACGCCAGAGGUGGAACCCGUGGAGGAUGAUGACGAGGCCUGCCACCAGUCGGCGCUGUGGCUGCAGAAGAUUAUAAGAGGACGGGCCGUUCAAAAUUUGAUGUACGAAGGGCGCAUGCGAGCAGCAGAGUUGACAGAAGAAUUGAAGACCACCCACGGUCUGCAGAAGGAGGAUCAGGUCAGAAUAGCAAGGGAAGAGGCAAAAUCUAGAGAGUACAACGCACUACGAACAGAAGCUGAGAUUAAGGAGGACACCAUAUCAGCUCUAGUGGAUGAACUGUGCGGUGGUGCGGUGUCAGCAGCCCUGGACUUCCUGGAGAAGGAGCUGCGAAGGUUGAAGGAGGAGAGGCGACAGCACGCAUUUAUACUCAUCGCCCUGCGAGAGAAGACGAUGCGGGAGGCAGCCGAGGCGGGCAGGAGGCAAAAGGAGGAACACAGGAGACUAGAACACGACGAGAUGUUCAAACAGAUCCUGGGAGUGACCCAGGAGACGGUGGACGCGUAUUUCCGGGAGAUAGUGUCGGAGGGUGUUCUCCUUGCUGCUGAAGAGGAUGCUGUACGGCGAGCGCAGACUGAUGCUGACAAGAUCGAUGAGGCACUCCUCGAACAUGGGUCCAUGUCUACUGCAGAACAAAACGAGCUGGUAGCAGAACUAGUCCAGCAGUUCUUGCUGCCGGAGGCCCAUAAAGCUGCAGCACGCCAUCGGAUAUCUUCGCUGCAGCGAGCCAAGAUGGAAACUGCUAGGGACACUAUCUUCGGACUAUUGGACGAGGCUGAAGAGAAACAACCUGUUUGUACCCAAUGCGGUGGUCCCCUGGAUGACCAGUGUCGCUGCAGGCGGUGUCCCACACAGCAGGCACCAGUCGAGACUAUCUCGAGGGAUGACCCGCGAUGGAAACAUACCCGUGCUCGGGACCGGCCGGAGCCGAAGACUCUAGAGGAGCGGUACCCAGUCCAUCAUGAGAUACGGUGCAUGCUCAACGUGCUCAUAGACGAGGCCGUACAAGAGUGUAAAGCGCGCCGGUCAGCAAGAAGAGAAGUGUACCAUGAAAUGAGGCAGCAGGUACGAGAGAGUGCGGAAGUGAAUAUUGAAGCAAAGGAGCUUAUUCAUACAGUGGUGGACCGCGCUGUAGGGGCGAGCUCGCCUCCAAUCAAGGUGGCUGACUAUCAUCACUUUAUGAUGAGAGUGAUUGGCGACGCUCUCCACAGAUCGGAGCCAUUCGACGUGGACGGCUGUCCUAAAGAACUGCCUUCAGAGAUCCGGCGACGGGCUGAGGAAGCGAGGUUCCUGGCGGAUCCAACAUGCCACUGUGAAGAGGAACCGGAACAAACUGCUACAGUGCAGUUUAAACUUGACAUUUAAACUGGUGAACAAGGGACGCUGCUGCCGUCCGAGUUGAGGGUCCUGGAGGAAAUGCGACGGUGCAAAUGUGACACCAACGCUGCACCCAGUCCCAGCGAUGACGAGCCAGGGGAUCCCUUCUCAGAGUAUACGGAAACAACAGAGGCUACAGAGCUGGGCACAGAGCAGACCACAGAACUGUCAUCGCCGGACGAAACUGACUGAGCCU